AUGGAUCACUCUUUUACCCGUUCCCCUGCAGAGUUACUCCGCGACUUCGGUGUUUCGGAGGAGGCAGGGUUGACGCAGGAUCAAGUGUUGCGCUUGCGCGAGAAGUAUGGGUCAAACGCUCUUGAAGAAGAGGAAGCUACCCCUCUCUGGAAACUAGUUCUCGAGCAGUUUCAAGACCAACUUGUCCUCAUCCUCCUCGCUUCCGCCGCAAUCUCGUUCGUUUUGGCUCUCUUUGAGGGUGGAGAUGACUGGACUGCUUUCGUUGACCCGGCUGUGAUCCUCACCAUUCUUAUCCUUAAUGCCAUCGUCGGCGUAUCUCAAGAAAGCAGCGCCGAAAAAGCAAUUGCAGCUCUUCAAGAAUAUUCCGCCAAUGUCACAAAGGUCGUUCGCAAUGGUACACUACAAAAGCUCAAAUCCGAGGAGCUCGUCCCCGGAGACAUCAUCCACAUCGCAGUGGGUGACCGCGUUCCGGCCGACUGCCGGUUGCUGUCAAUCCAAAGCAACAGCUUCCGAGUUGACCAAGCAAUCUUGACCGGUGAAAGUGAAAGUGUUAGCAAGGAUACCAAAGUCGUUCCGGAUAAGCAGGCUGUGAAGCAGGACCAAACAAAUAUGCUGUUUUCUGGUACCACCGUCGUGGCUGGCCAUGCAACUGCAAUUGUCGUUCUUACUGGAGCUUCAACCGCUAUCGGUGGCAUUCAUGAGAGCAUCACUUCUCAGAUUUCCGAGCCUACGCCUUUGAAACAGAAGCUGAACGAUUUUGGCGAUGUUCUUGCAAAGGUUAUUACUGUCAUCUGUAUCGUCGUCUGGUUGAUCAACAUUGAGCAUUUCAACGAUCCAUCGCAUGGUGGCUGGGCAAAGGGUGCCAUCUACUAUCUCAAAAUUGCCGUGUCUUUGGGUGUUGCCGCCAUUCCGGAAGGUCUUGCUGUCGUUAUCACUACAUGUUUGGCAUUGGGUACUCGUAAGAUGGCAGCGAAAAAUGCUGUUGUUAGAUCCUUGCCAUCCGUUGAGACAUUGGGAAGCUGCAGCGUUAUUUGCUCUGACAAGACAGGAACCUUGACCACCAACCAGAUGAGUGUUGAGCGGGUUCUCUAUUUAGAUUCUACUGGACAAGGCUUUGAAGAAAUUGAUGUGGAGGGUACUACUUUUGCGCCAAUUGGUGCACUGAAGAAAGGAGGAAAGCCGUUGAAAGAUUUGGCAGUUUCAUCCUCGACAAUUCGUCAAAUGACUGAAGUACUUUCUCUAAACAACGAGGCUACCCUGGCUUAUGACCCCAAGACCGGUUAUUCUUGCAUUGGAGAGCCCACAGAGGGAGCUCUUCGUGUCUUAGCAGAGAAGAUUGGAACCGACAACGCCGCUUUCAACGAGACCGUACGGUCCUUGCCUGCGUCUGAUGCUUUACACGCCACUAGCAGAUACUACGAGAAGAAACUACCGCUAAAGGCAACAUAUGAAUUCUCUCGAGACCGCAAGAGUAUGUCCGUCUUGGUCGGAGAAGGCAAAAACCAGAAGCUUUUGGUUAAAGGUGCCCCUGAAUCUAUCCUCGAACGUUGCUCUCAUGUCCUUCUCGGCUCCGAUGGUCCUCGCGUACCAUUGACCAAGAGCCACAUCGGUUUGAUUUCUGAACAAGUAGUUGAAUGCGGCAACCGGGGUCUUCGUGUCAUUGCUCUAGCUAUCGUGAGCGACAUAUCUACAAAUCCACUCUUGCACACGGCCAAGACUUCAGAAGAGUAUGCGCAGUUGGAGCGUAACUUGACCCUGAUCGGCCUUGUCGGUAUGCUUGAUCCUCCUCGUCCGGAAGUAGCCAGCUCCAUCCGUAAAUGCCGUGAAGCUGGAAUCCGAAUCAUUGUCAUUACUGGAGACAACCGCAAUACUGCCGAGUCUAUUUGCCGUCAAAUUGGUGUCUUUGGGGCUGAUGAGAACUUGCAAGGCAAGAGUUUUACCGGCAGAGAGUUUGACGAUUUGACCGACAGCCAGAAAUUGGAAGCCGUCAAGAACGCAUCUCUCUUUUCUCGUACUGAGCCUGCGCACAAGUCUAAGCUCGUGGAUCUUCUUCAAUCACUCGGCCAUGUCGUCGCCAUGACUGGUGACGGUGUCAACGAUGCCCCAGCCCUGAAAAAGGCAGAUAUCGGUGUUGCCAUGGGUACAGGAACAGACGUCGCCAAGCUCGCCGCCGACAUGGUCCUCGCUGAUGACAAUUUCGCUACCAUCGAAGUCGCAGUCGAAGAAGGCCGUUCCAUCUACAACAACACCCAGCAAUUCAUCCGCUACUUGAUUUCCUCCAACAUCGGUGAAGUGGUAUCCAUCUUCUUGACCGCUGCUUUGGGAUUACCCGAGGCUUUGAUUCCUGUUCAGUUGCUGUGGGUGAACCUGGUUACUGACGGUCUACCGGCUACUGCGCUUUCAUUCAACCCUCCCGAUCACGAUGUCAUGCGCCGACCUCCUCGUCAGCGUGAUGAAGCCCUUGUUGGCGGAUGGCUUCUCUUCCGUUACAUGGUUAUUGGAACAUACGUUGGCGCCGCCACUGUGUUUGGUUACGUCUGGUGGUUCAUGUUCAACCCUGCCGGACCCCAGAUCUCCUACUGGCAACUGUCCCACUUCCAUAAAUGCAGCGCCUCCUUCCCCGAAAUCGGCUGCUCCAUGUUCCACAACGACAUGUCCAAAUCCGCCUCGACCGUCUCCCUCUCAAUCUUAGUUGUAAUCGAAAUGCUGAACGCAAUGAACGCCUUAUCAUCCAGCGAAUCCCUCCUCACCUUCCCGCUCUGGCAGAACCCCAUGCUCGUGUACGCAAUCAUACUAUCAAUGUCGCUCCAUUUCGCGAUUUUGUACAUCCCGUUUUUGCAAGGGUUGUUUGCCAUUUUGCCGCUGGAUUGGAAUGAGUGGACUGCUGUGUUAGGUAUCAGUGCGCCUGUUAUUCUAAUCGACGAAAUCCUCAAAUACUUUGAGCGACGCCUUUACGACAAACGCGUUGAGCAACCGUCCUCUGAGAAUCAGAAUGGGAAGAUUAAAGCUGCUUGA